UGUGUGUUGGUUGGAAUAAACGCAUUUGCCAGAUGUGUAAAGAUAAUCAGUCUUAUAACGUGGGUGAAACAGAAACACGUUUCCAUCCACACAUACCUGAAUACAAUUUUAUAUUAUUCACACUUUUUCCUUUUUAAGAUAGCGAAACUGCAUUGUACGACGUAUGGGUCGUAUGCCUAUGGUGCAUGGUUGUCGAGGAAAACAGCACAAAACCUGUCAACGUUGGCAUUUGGUUGCUUCUACCUAGUCAGAGAUCAAUUGACUUUGUGCUUAGAUUAGACACCCAACAGUGUUGGGAAUGACUGGGAAAUACUGUGAAAUGACUGAACACAAACAGAAUUGUGGAAUUCUGUGCUUCAGGGAUGCCUCAGUCUGAGCAAGAGAGUGGGAGAGAAUAUGAACAUCAGCCAACUUUGAAAGAAGAACGUGAUGCAUCUCCUCCUCUCUUAAACAAAUGUUCUUCACUCCCAUGUGAGGGUCAUUGUUCUUCUGAGGGAGCUGGUGAUGAAGAACGGAUGCAGUUUUUGCAGCUUGUGUUUCAGAAUUCUCGAGUCGGUCAGAUCAGACCGUCGGUUCUCCGCUCUACAGCUUUCCUGCUUCAGGCAAAUGAGAGCAACCCAACAGCAAUGAGCAGAAGAAAAGACAUGAGUCACAGUGCACAGAUUUCCAUCCAAGCUGUUUCAUCCAGCCCCGUCCAAACCAAGAUGGAGAGUUCUAGCUCUCUUUUUGUAAACGGACAAUGCCGUUGGCCUGGCUGUGAUGAAGUCUUUGCAGGGUAUUCUCUAUUUCUUAGACACCUAAACGAAGACCACAACCCAGGGGAAAGAACCAUAGCUCAGUGGCGAGUUCAGCAAGACCUGGUGCGUCACAUGGAGAAUCAGCUCAUUCAGGAGAAGCAGAGACUACACGCCAUGCAGCUCCACCUUCGGCUGUUUGAGUACAUCUCAACACACACCGAAGGAACUUCAGGUUUGUGGACGCCGUUGGCUCCUAAUUUCCCCCCAUUGGGCGAGCCAGAUGGCAAGACAGAGAAAGCUAAUGAAGCACCAGUACGACAGGAACACUGGCAUAUACCCCCACCACACCUGCUGCCAGAUUUUGUUAGCAGUGUCGAAUACUACAAAUAUGCCAAUGUACGACCUCCAUAUACGUACGCUUUCCUUAUCAGAUGGUCAAUACUGGAAGCCCCAGAAAAAGAGCGGACGCUCAAUGAGAUAUACAACUGGUUCACCCGAAUGUUCUUUUUCUUCCGUUAUAACGUCCCAACAUGGAAGAAUGCUGUGCGACACAAUCUCAGUCUUCAUAAAUGCUUUGUGAGGAUGGACGGAAGAAAGGGGGCAGUUUGGACAGUAGAUGAGAAAGAGUUUCAGAAGAGGAAAGGGCAGAAAAUCAACAGGUCAUCGUAUGUUCUUCUUUCAUCUUUAAAUCAAGAACACAUGAAGGAUUACCCUUUGAAAUGGCUGACACCCUUCCCUCAUUCUCCAUCCCAUGAUCCCUCAGAUUUAUCAAUGACAGCUGCAGAUUCUCAGUGAAGUUUGCAAGUUAAAUUGUUAUCGUCUUUUUACAGGUGAAGAGUCGUUACGUUGGCAUUGAAGUAUUUAGAGUAAAGAUAGUAAUGUUUAUAUUUGUUUUUUAAACCAAACUGUUCUUGUCAAUCUAUUUGUAAGUCUGUCCUUAAAAAUAUGUUGUUCAUUUAUUUUCUUACCAAUUUCUAAACAAUUAUUACAGUGUAAUAAUUUAUGGAGACAUUUUGUUUUUCAUAGACAGUCAUGUAAAUAAUAUUUUUUUACAUAAACGCCAUUUAUUCAAAUGUUUAAAAAGGAAAUAUAGUAUUGUGGCAUUGAUUUACCAGAAGAGGGCAUCUGUGUGUGUAUCAUUGAAUGUUCUUGUGUGAGAAUAUAUUUUGGGUGUGGUAAUUCAGCAACAGUGCAGUCGAGGACAAAAAAAUCAUCCUCGAGUGAGAAGACAAAGACAUUUAUUUUUUCAUGUUGACAUUUGAUGAGUUUCACAUCAUACGGAUGAUGCUUAUACAGCAGUAACUAAGUGACUCACUUGAAAUCCCACAAUAUCAUUAUCUUUUAGAUCUUUUCAGCUUUUUGUUUUUUCUCAGAUGUUAAAAUGGACUCUUUGUUUUCACUUUAGAUUUGUUUUCAGCUUUUUAAUCCAUCACUCGUACACCUACACAGUCACACACACAUCCGUGACUGCGCUGCAGUUGAGAGGUAGAGAAU